AACUCGUCCUACCACUCUGACCCAAACCUGCACCUCCACCAUGGUGCCGAGCGGGUGUGGCACAGCGGGGCCACAGGCGGGCGGAGCGGCCGGUAAACCCUGCUCUCCGUUCGCUCGAAGAGGCGCGCGCGGCCCUCACACCGACGGAUGGACCCUCGCGACUUGUCUCGCGCGUAAGAUCGUACCCGCCCGCGAGAUACUGCUGGCUUACCGCCAGCCAGAAGCGUCACGAUGGCGCCGCAUUCCACGUCAGGCAGCCAAGACGCCGCUCGUACCUGGAUGUUCAGAGCUGCAUCACUCAUGUCUGUCGAGUACGCGACGGCAACACGCGAACGGGCAUGCUCCGGGGCAGAUGAAUCGCGUGCGAGGGUGCGCUGAUGGGCUGCGCGUGAGGCUGCGACCUAGAGGUCACCCUCACGCUCGACUUUGAGCCGAGCCCAGCCCGUCCUGGUGCCGCAGUGAUCUGGUGGGUAAUCUCAAUCUCCCGCAGCCGAGGCGACACCUCGCCGGCUAACAAAAUGCUGUCUGUGGGUGUCAAUUCCUCGUCAUACACCUAGAGGAGGCGGAUCUCUGAGCGUUCGCGCGCAGCAUUGUCGAUGCACGUCUCUCUAGCUGUCUAUCUGGGCCGGGCACAGUGCUCUUGCGUCUUGGCAUGAGAGGUGAGUUUUCCGCUCGCUGGUGCUGCGUCGUCGGGCGACCAGCGUCGUAAUCACUCGUGUUAAGACU